AAUCAAAAAAAGACGUAGCUGCCGUCGAGCAAAGAAUAUUUCUGCUGUCAAUUGAUUGUGAUCUGCCGCGUAACGAGGGGUCGGACGAUUUUACGGAAGCAAUAAAUCUGCGAGUUGCAUCAAUUGGUUCGAUUGCACAGAGAUCCACAGCGAAAAUUAGAGAAAAAUGACAUUGAAAUGGGGAAUCGCUGCCGCAGGAAAAAUUUCGCAAGAUUUUGCAAAUGCUGUCAAUACACUAAACGAAUAUGAUCACAAAUUGGUUGCCGUUGCCGCUCGUGAUCUCGGCCGGGCUGAAGAAUUUGCCAAGAAGUUUGGUGUUGCAAAAGCAUAUGGAAGCUAUUUGGAACUAGCUAAGGAUCCAAAUGUUGAAAUUGUCUACGUUGGCACGCUGAAUCCACAGCACUUUGAGGUUGCAACUUUGAUGCUUGAAAAUGGAAAACAUGUUUUGGUGGAAAAGCCAUUGUGCCUCAACGAAAAACAAGCCCACAAACUCAUCACAUAUGCCGAACGUAAGAAGUUGUUUUUGAUGGAAGCGAUUUGGUCACGUUUCUUCCCAAGCUAUCAAUAUGCUCGCAAGCAGAUUGAAAAUGGAACGCUGGGUGAUAUCCAAUCGGUGGAAGUUGAAUUUGGUUUUUGCGGUUUAGAUGAUGUCGAUCGUCUAUCGAAAAAAGACUUGGGUGGUGGAACAGUAUUGGAUUUGGGUGUUUAUGUGAUUCAGGCGUGCCAAUGGGCAUUCCAACAAGCACCAAAAUCUAUCAAAGCCACCGGUACGCUUAACGACGAAGGAGUCGAUCUUGAAAUGUCGGCCGAAAUCAACUAUGGGGACAAUAAAGUCGGCAAAAUCAAGACAAGCGCUGUAAAAACUUUGAACAACACUUUCAAAAUUGUUGGAACCAAAGGCCAAAUCACGAUUCCAUCGUUUUGGUGCCCACCUUCACUCAUUGACAUUGAUGGAACCGAGAAACAGUGGCCAUUGCCAGAGGCAAAACAUGAAUUCAACUUCAUCAACAGCUGCGGUUUGAGCUACGAAGCUGAAGAAGUACGCAAAUGCAUUCGUGAUGGCAAAAAGGAAAGCGAAAAAGUGACACACAACGAAAGCUUGUUGAUCGCCCAUAUCGAGGAUGAAAUCCGGAAGCAAAUCGGCGUCAAGUACCUAGAAGAUGAUUAAAUAAUGGAAAUGAAUGUUUUACAUUUUAUUCUUUCAUUAAAUAUUUUCCUACAAAUAAAUAACAGCUAAUCAAGUGCCUGAUAACUUUAUUUAAGUCAAGUUGCAAUAAUAAAUGUUGCUAUUCUCUUAAAACCAAAACGAUUGAAAAAAAAAUGAUCGACCAAGUAGAAAUGUGUAUUUACGGAAUUUUCACUAUUUCAUUAUCAAGUAAUUACUUAUUUACCUAUUAGUUAUAACUAAUAUGUACAAAUCGAGUUGAACCGUCGAUGAAAAGUUUCAUCAAUUCAAAUUCUUAUCUUUUUAUUUGAUCGGGCAAAUAUUUGUCUCUGUCUCUCAGUUUAUUAUGAAAACAAAAAGAACGGUCCCCAUAAAAUGAAGCAUACGGUGGCGAAUGACAACUAUUCGCACUGUCAUUUGAGUUUGAAUUGUCAAGUAUUUCGGUCAAGUGUGUGUUUGAAAGUAAAUUUUUAGAUUUCGUCAAGUAAGCAUUAGUUUGAUUAGCCAAUAUAUUAUCGCCAGAUGUUUCGGGAAAAAAUGAGAAAACUCAUGAAGAUGAUCAUUUACAUAAUCGGUUAUUUCUUUCAAACUGUUGAUUCAGAGAGUAUAGUAAAAUUACAUCGAUUAGAUCAUUAUAUAAAA